UUGGAGUCAUUCGAUGCCCUGUGUGUAGUCAGGAAUGUGCAGAGAGACACAUCAUAGAUAAUUUUUUUGUGAAGGACACUACUGAGGUUCCCAGCAGUACAGUAGAAAAGUCUAAUCAGGUAUGUACAAGCUGUGAGGACAAUGCAGAAGCUAAUGGGUUCUGUGUGGAGUGUGUUGAAUGGCUCUGCAAGACGUGUAUCAGAGCUCAUCAGAGAGUGAAGUUCACAAAGGACCACACUGUCAGGCAGAAAGAGGAAGUGUCUCCAGAGGCGGUUGGUGUGACCAGUCAGCGACCUGUGUUUUGCCCUUUUCAUAAAAAGGAACAAUUGAAGCUUUACUGUGAGACAUGUGACAAACUGACAUGUCGGGACUGCCAGUUAUUAGAACAUAAAGAGCAUAGAUACCAAUUUAUAGAAGAAGCAUUUCAGAACCAGAAAGUGAUCAUAGAUACACUAAUCACCAAGCUGAUGGAAAAAACAAAGUACAUAAAAUUCACAGGAAAUCAAAUCCAAAACAGAAUAAUUGAAGUCAAUCAAAAUCAAAAGCAAGUAGAACAGGAUAUUAAAGUUGCCAUAUUUACAUUGAUGGUAGAAAUAAACAAAAAAGGAAAAGCUCUACUGCACCAGCUGGAGAGCCUUGCAAAGGACCACAGAAUGAAACUUAUGCAACAACAACAGGAGGUGGCUGGGCUCUCUAAGCAGUUGGAACAUGUGAUGCAUUUUUCUAAAUGGGCAGUUUCCAGUGGUAGCAGUACAGCAUUACUGUAUAGCAAGCGCCUGAUCACAUACCGGCUACGGCACCUGCUCCGUGCCAGGUGUGAUGCUUCCCCGGUGACCAACAACACCAUCCAGUUUCACUGUGAUCCCAGUUUCUGGGCUCAAAAUAUUAUCAACUUAGGUUCUUUAGUAAUCGAGGAUAAAGAGAGCCAGCCACAAAUGCCUAAGCAGAAUCCUGUCGUGGAACAGAAUUCGCAGCCACCAGGUGGUUUGUCUUCAAACCAGUUAUCCAAGUUUCCAACACAGAUCAGCCUAGCUCAGUUACGACUCCAGCAUAUGCAGCAACAGGUAAUGGCUCAGAGGCAGCAGGUGCAGCGGAGGCCAGCGCCCGUGGGUUUACCAAACCCUAGAAUGCAGGGGCCCGUCCAACAGCCUUCCAUCUCUCAUCAGCAACCCCCUCCACGUUUGAUAAAUUUUCAAAAUCACAGCCCCAAGCCCAAUGGACCAGUUCUUCCUCCUCAUCCUCCACAGCUAAGAUAUCCACCCAAUCAGAAUAUACCAAGGCAAGCAGUAAAGCCCAAUCCCCUCCAGAUGGCUUUUCUGGCUCAGCAAGCCAUAAAACAGUGGCAGAUCAGCAGUGGACAGGCCCCGUCAACCGCUAGCAGUUCGUCCUCCACGCCUUCCAGCCCCACCAUCACUAGUGCUGCAGGGUAUGAUGGGAAGACAUUCAACUCCCCUAUGAUCGAUUUGAGCUCACCAGUGGGAGGUUCUUAUAAUCUUCCUUCUCUUCCUGAUAUUGACUGCUCAAGUACUAUCAUGCUGGACAAUGUUGUGAGGAAGGAUGCCAGUGUGGAUAACAGCCAGCCACGACCACCCUCCAACAGAGCCGUCCAGUCACCAAAUUCAUCAGUGCCGUCUCCAGGUCUUCCAGGACCUGUCACUAUGACUAGUGUACAUCCCCCAAUACGAUCACCCAGUGCCUCCAGCGUUGGCAGCCGGGGAAGCUCUGGCUCCUCCAGCAAACCAGCGGGAGCUGAUUCUACACACAAAGUCCCUGUGGUCAUGUUGGAGCCAAUCCGGAUAAAACAGGAAAACAGCGGACCACCAGAAAAUUAUGAUUUUCCUGUUGUGAUAGUGAAACAAGAAUCAGACGAAGAAUCUAGGCCUCAAAAUACCAACUAUCCAAGAAGCAUACUCACCUCCCUGCUCUUAAACAGCAGUCAGAGCUCUGCUUCUGAGGAGACUGCACCAAGGUCAGAUGCCCCGGAUAGCACAGGCGACCAACCUGGACUCCACCCGGCCAACCCCGCCAAUGGAAAACCGGAGUGGCUGGACGCCUCCCAAAAGUCGCCUCUGCAUGUCGGAGACACAAGGAAAGAGGACGAUCCCAACGAGGACUGGUGCGCAGUGUGUCAGAAUGGAGGGGAACUGCUCUGCUGUGAGAAGUGUCCCAAAGUGUUCCACCUGUCUUGUCAUGUGCCCACAUUGACCAAUUUCCCGAGUGGAGAGUGGAUUUGCACUUUCUGUCGAGACUUAUCUAAACCAGAAGUUGAAUAUGAUUGUGAUGCUCCAAGUCACAAUUCAGAAAAAAAGAAAACUGAAGGCCUUGUUAAACUGACGCCUAUAGAUAAACGGAAGUGUGAACGUCUGCUUUUAUUUCUUUACUGCCAUGAAAUGAGCCUGGCUUUUCAAGACCCAGUUCCCCUGACUGUGCCUGACUAUUACAAAAUCAUUAAAAAUCCAAUGGAUUUAUCAACCAUCAAGAAAAGACUUCAAGAAGAUUAUCCCAUGUACACGAAGCCUGAAGAUUUUAUAGCUGAUUUUAGAUUGAUCUUUCAGAACUGUGCUGAAUUCAAUGAGCCUGAUUCAGAAGUAGCUAAUGCUGGUAUAAAACUUGAAAGCUAUUUUGAAGAACUUCUAAAGAACCUUUAUCCAGAAAAAAAGUUUCCUAAACUUGAAUUCAGGAAUGAAUCAGAAGAUAAUAAAUGUAGUGACGAUUCAGAUGACGACUUUGUACAGCCCCGGAAGAAACGCCUCAAAAGCACUGAGGAGCGCCAGUUGCUUAAAUAAACAACACCGUCUCUACAUGCUGGUUUUUAGAUUUGUUUUUAAAAAACAUCUGUCAGUAAUUUAACAUCAAUACAAAGAAAAAUGUGAGACCAUUCUGAUCUCUCUGUUUUUGAAGUUUACUAGACUUUGAUUUCCUUAAUAAUCUAUUUCUUUUAACCUCUUACCAUAAAAAAAAGAACAGGAGGAAGCAAGGGAUAAAUGGAAGGAGGGGAGGAGGAAAAGAUGCCAAGAAGGAAGAGAAAAUCAAUUAACAACAAAAAGACAGUCUUCCAACUGUUUGGAUUUCAAAACCGUUGGGAGUGAUGGCCACGUAGAAGGAAAUGGACUUAACCGGACCCUGUAACUUGAACAUGUGAUGUGAUUUGAAUAUGUGCAUUAGCCUGUUUUUAGAACAUGGAUAUCACUACCCAUCGAUUACGGCCUGGCCACAUGAGUUAGGUGGUCUGUACCUAGAGAGCAGUGCUCCGUGAACACGAGAGGUGACGAGUGUCAUCCCAGGACGCUGACCAGGGCAGGAGGGUAGAUUAGAUGCAAUUAAGAAGGCACCCAAUAGUAUGUUGUGUAAGAUGACAACUGUAUUAAAGAAAAUCAGGAAAUCAA